ACUUCAAAAUCGAAAAAAAAAGAAGAAGAAAUUGUCAUCAUAUUUCCACCGCUUAUUUUUAUAGAUUUAAACGUAAUUUCUGGAAGAGGUGGUUAGGAAAUUAUGAAUCCUUUGAACGAAAUAGAUUCCCAUUUUGUUAAAUGUAUUGGUUACUUACAUGCUAGUUCAAAAUUAGCAAAAGGUGAUCCAGUUCCUCUGCAGUAUGUUUUAGAAGAGGCUAUAAAAAAUAAAUAUGGUAUUGUUAAAGAUUAUACAGAGUUGGUCCAGUCUUGUUUAACAGUAAGAGAAGAUAAUCUCACUCCAAUUAAUAAUCCUGGAUUUGAAGAAAGUAAGGCAUCAGAUUCUGAUAACGAACUCGAAUUAGACUUAUUGAAAGAGGAUUUAAUGUGUGUUAUUUGCAAUGGAAUGGAUGUAGGAGCUAGAAACAGAUUAGUAGAAUGUUCCGAUUGUCAUUCUCUUUACCAUCAAGAAUGCCAUCAGCCAGGCAUAACUGAAGACUCUUUUGAAAACUGGGUUUGCUUUAAUUGCAAGGAAGCUAAUAAGAAACUGAAACAAUCAAUUGGUGGAUCAAGUAGUAAUCAAGCUACAAGUUCUAAAAGUAUCAAAUCCAGUUCUCAUAGACAAACCGCUAUAAGUUCCUACAAGAAUUCCAACUAUUCUAGAUGAGAUAACAAAUUUAGUUAACUCUUGUCAUCAAAUUUCCUUGCAAUUACAUUCACCAAAACGUAAUGAACAAGUAGGGGAUAACAAAAACCACAAGUAGACAACAUUUUCAAAAAUGAUCCAACACCAUACAAUUAUUUAUAUAUUGUGAAUAUAUAUCGUCGGUCGGAAACAGUAAUGGAACAUUUUGAAAUGAUGCUUCUUUGAGUAUUGAGGUUUAAAAUUGUUGAAAAUAUUAAAAUUGUAUUUUACUUUAACUUUAGAUUAUUUUGUUUUUUUAAGUAUUGAUUAAUAUAUAGAUUAUAGCUAAGUUUAUAGUGUGUUGCAAAAUUUAGGAGGUCAUUUGUAGUUUUUGAGUUAUAAGUUUUUUGUGAAAUGUUCCAAUAAUGAAUUAAACAUUUCCUGAAAAUCUGAAAACUAAUUAUAUUUCUAAAUAAAUUAAACCCAGUCAUGAAGUUCAAAAACACAAUCAAUUCAGAAAUCUUAUUGAUUUAUUGAAUGUUUAUAAAAUAAAGAGAUGAGUUUAAAUCUUAAAAUAAUAAGGUGCUGCAAAUCAAUAGUUUUCGUUCAGUACACAUUUUAGUCCUCUUUUAUAAAAAAAGAGGGAAUCGUUUCUGCAUUGUGUUAGCAGAACUGCCUGCAUGUCACAACAAAUUAUCUUGAUAGCAUCAUUUGUGCAUGAUUCUGUCUGCUUUCUUUUCCAAUCUGCACAAGUCUCUUUCUUUUAAGUGUUUCUCACAAUUGUACAUCAGUUGUAACUUAUGGCCCACAGCAUUUUGAUACUGAACACUGAUCCUUCGUGGGCUUAUAAAAUGCAAUAUUAACUCGUUUUGAAAAAAGUGUUCAAAGGUUCCUUCUGAAUAUACUGUUUACACCAACACUAAAAUUAUACUGUCUGACGCGCGUUUUGAUAACCAAGUUAUCGUCUUUAGAGACUGAAGGUACCUGUAAACAGUAUAUUCAGUAUGAAAUCGCCAACGGUUCCAGAAAUUCCAACUUAGUUCAAAGGUUCCUUGCUUGAAGAUAGGCUUACUAUUCUGAUGGCACCAUUUCUUGUACUGUCAAUACAUCAUAGUCAAAUUUAAAUCACCUUCAAGGUAGUCUUUUGUAGAACUUGCCCGACAGUAAUGAGAUUCUUUUGACAGAUAAGAAUUUAUGUAAUCUCUUGCACCAUCCUUGUCAGCCCGUGCUAAACAUCUACCGGUAUUACCAUGACGUCCUCUGCGAUCUUCAAUUCACCAACUAUAAAACAUAAAGAAACAAUGAAAACGAACUCCUACUUAGUUACCAUAUGUAAAAAUAUGUGAAGGAAUCGUUCUCAAAUAAUGAAUUACUAUGUUAGUAGGUACCUAAAUCUGUUAAACUUAUUUUAGGCCACACAGAUUAUCCAGCGCCUACUGUAGACGAUGAAAACCGGCACUGAUUUUUUGGCUGGUGCAUGUAUAAACGACGCUGAUUGCCUGCCACGGAUAUACUUGAGGUAGACAACAUUAUUAAAUGUAUUUGUGUUUUACAUAACACCCUUAUCGAUAGGGAAACACCUAACUGAAGUAGAAACAUGCAAAAGAACCUUAAAAAUCAGAGCGCUGGAAGACCGUUAAAUGCAGCUAAACUAAUUAGAGAUAUCUUUACAAACUUUUUCUCAAAUAAUACAUUAAUUUUCCAUGACUAUCAGAUAUUCUUUAUGAUUAUACUGUAUUUUUGUUUAUAUAAUUUACUGUAUGUUUUACGUUUCAUAUAAUAUUGGAAAUAAACAGGUUAUUAUUAAUAAAAACCUUACCAUCUAUUUUCAUUUCGGCUG